CAGAGGUCUAGCUAGUCAAGGCUGGGUCUGCCAACAUACUUUGGUGCCACAGAAGGGUGACCUUCAGUUUAUCGAUGUUUUUUGUCUUUAGCAACUAUGCUGGAUCUCUGUCAUUUGUCUUGUUGAGAGCACCGGGGGAUUAGAGCUAGUUGCUAUGUUCAAGUCAUCUUGACUAUCAGUGGACAGAUUGUUGUGACAGGGCGUUUGUAACGACCGAUUUGAGAUAGGACACUACAACCCUUUUUCGGCGUGCCUGUCACAGACAGAUAAUGAGAAUAACUGUUAAUAGAGUGUGGGGGAGGUAUCUUUAAAUACUCUUCAAAUUAGGUUGUUGUUAUGUUGCUGUGGCGAAGAAACCGAUUGCUUGGUAACUUUCUUAUGCUCUGCUAGCUCACUUCAAGUCUGUUGUUUUUAGCACUUAUGUGGACGAAUGUGGAGUUAUCAAUAUGUUUGCCUGUAGUUUGUUUGUUUCUGUCAGCUCCUCCUAAACGUCUUUGGCAACAUGUUCAGAGAGAUAACACUUUGAAUUGAGUUUGUAUGAAGUCGGCCACCUGACACUAAACGUUUGUCAAACACUCAGGAUGAGAGGAGUCGCGUUUGCGUCGUCAAGAUGCUCCACCGUGAAUCUACUGAAACGCUGGACCGCAAACUACUGUCAAAAUCGGACCUACUGCGUGAAAAGGUCCGUUCUGAAUGGACCACGGAAGAGAAGAGAUUACAGAACAGAGAAUGUGUCUCGUCCAGUGCCAGUGUAUUAUUUGCAGCCACUGGUCACGUCUCCAUUGCCCCCUGUUCGACUUGGAAGACUUUCAGGCCACCAGCCACUGAGGACAGUGUCGACGUGUAAGGUGAACUUUUUCAGCACCUCCACUGAUUCAAGACCAACCACACAAGAUGGAAUAGAAACUAAAGACGAGAAAACCCAACUUGGCAAGAGUCUCGUGCCAGUACCUUUUGAGGAUGUCAGAAGACUUCUGCACUUGGCGCAUCCAGAGCGAUGGCGUUUGACAGCUGCUGUAGGUUUUCUAGUGGGUUCCAGUGCGGUGACCAUGUCCGCUCCCUUCUUCCUGGGGAGAGUGAUAGACACCAUCUAUUCCAGCCCGGCCGCAGACUUCAGUGCCUCCCUCAGCUCCCUGUGUGUCAUGCUGGCUGGUGUGUUCAUCUGUGGAGGAGCUGCCAAUGCCGCACGAGUCUACCUCAUGCAGAUAUCCGGGCAGCAGAUUGUGCGAAACCUGCGUGAGUCUCUGUUCUCCUCCAUCGUCCGACAGGAAGUCGGCUUCUUUGACAAGACGCGCACCGGGGAGCUCAUCAACCGGCUCUCGGCCGACACCACCGUCGUGGGACGCUCGCUCACGGACAACUUGUCGGACGGCCUUCGCUCGGUGGCCCAGGCUGGCGUCGGGGUCAGCAUGAUGUUUUAUGUGUCUCCAAGCCUGGCCAUGUUUGUGCUGAUGAUCGUGCCUCCCAUGGCAGGCCUGGCCGUGAUCUACGGACGAUACCUGCGCUCCCUCUCCAAACGCACACAGGAUUCACUGGCUCAGGCCACGCAGUUGGCGGAGGAGCGUAUCAGUAACAUGAGGACGGUGCGAGCAUUUGCCAAGGAGCAGAAUGAGGUGCAGAAGUACGUGGGGAAGAUCAACUAUGUGUUUGAGCUGGCCAAGAAGGAGGCAGUGCUGAGGGCGGGCUUCUUUGGCAUGACAGGUCUAAGCGGCAACAUGAUGAUCCUCGCUGUGCUCUACAAGGGGGGCCUGUUGACCGCCAGUGAGCACAUGACAGUGGGACAGCUGUCCUCCUUCCUCAUGUACACCUUCUGGGUUGGCAUCAGCAUAGCAGGUUUCAGUUCCUUUUACUCUGAGCUGAUGAAAGGCUUCGGUGCUGGAUCCAGACUGUGGGAGCUGGUGGAUAGGAAACCAGAAUUUGGCCUUGAUGAGGGUAUAACACUAAGGCCUGAGCAGUUGAAAGGUCAGCUUCAGUUCCACAGCGUCUCCUUCUCCUACCCGACCCGUCAGGACGCUCCCAUCUUCCAGGGCCUGAACCUGCUGGUACCGGCCGGUUCGGUCAUGGCUGUGGUGGGGCCCAGCGGGUCGGGGAAGUCCACCCUGGUCUCCCUGCUGCUUCGCCUGUACAACCCAGACUCAGGUAUGAUCACCAUUGAUGGCAGAGAUGUUCGGGACCUUAACCCUUACUGGCUGAGGACUCAUAUUGGAACAGUUAGUCAGGAGCCUGUGCUCUUCUCCAGCUCCAUCGCGGAGAACAUCGCCUACGGUGCCCUCGACCCAAACACCGUUUCCAUUCAGGACAUCCAUCGGGCGGCGGAGAUCGCCAACGCCUACCACUUCGUCCAGAGUUUCCCCCAAGGCUUCGACACCGUGGUGGGAGAGAAGGGAAUCCUGCUCUCGGGUGGUCAAAAACAAAGGAUUGCCAUCGCAAGAGCUCUAUUGAAGAACCCCAGAAUACUGCUGUUGGACGAGGCCACAAGUGCUCUGGACACGGAGAGUGAGUUCCUGGUUCAGGAGGCUCUGGAGCGGCUGAUGGUGGGUCGCACGGUGCUCAUCAUCGCCCACCGCCUCUCCACCAUCCAGAACGCCGACGCCGUGGCCGUGCUGGACCAGGGGCGCAUCGUGGAGUGCGGCAGCCACGCGCAGCUGCUCGCCAACCACGACGGACUCUUCCGGAAGCUCAUGGAGAAGCAGGCCGUCAUGCAGGAGCAGCACAAGCAGGCGCUGCGCAAAUAAACAAGGCCAGGGCUCUGAAUUAACACCAGCCAACCGGCCAAAUGCUGAUGAGAUCUCAGUUUGGCUGGUAGAAAAGGCCAACUUACUAGCCACUUUGGCUUGUAAGAUUAACAUCUUGACCAGUAGCCAUUUUGGCUAGUGGUGAGAAUGAAGGGCCCUGAAUAAGGCCCUUUGUCACCACCACAGCCACAACUGCAACAACAGCCCAGCGGUGGGCAUCCGAUCCUGCCCCGUGUUCAGAAUGUUAAAACGGAUUCACAGUCCAGUUGGUCCGCUCCUGAACACACACCCUCCUCCCCAAUGGACCCAGGCGACCUCUUUGAGAUGAAGAUUCCCUCCAGGACCACAGAGGGGCUGACUGACGUUUUUGACUUGCAGCAACCGUCCUGUACAGGAUUCAGUUGCAUGAGGACUUUUCAGAGACUUGUAUUGAGUGACUUGUGGACGUGGCAGAAAAGGUGUUGACUAUACUACUACAGUCUUGUAGGUGCCUGUGAAGCUGCUGAUCAGCUCCGUAGCUGUGGAGGCCAAAGGACUGCUGUUGUCUGAUUAAGGUGCAAACUAAAUUCACCCCAGAGGAAGAGGUGCCGGCAGGCGACCAGAUGCCAAAUUUUUAAUUUAGGGGAACAAAAAGAGGUGCCACAGACUCCAGGGGGUGCAUUUCUCGAAACUGUAGUUUCUAACUAUGUUAGCUACUUUGUUGUUUGCAAUGCAAUGUCACAUUGGCAACCACUCAAGUUGCUAACUGGCUAACUUACUACGCUUUCGAGAAACGCACCCCAGAGUUGUAAGCUGCAAGGUUGUAUUGCAGUAGUAACGAUGUACCGUAUGGAAACAUAACUACCAGAAAACUUUGCAGCACAAGGUUUCAUUUUGACAACAUAUCAGCCCAUUUGCCUGAAUGGGACCUGAGGAGAGCCGAAUUGGCUGCCACUACCAAAGUAUUGCAGCCUACACCUCUGGAGUGAACAACACUUCUUUUUGUUUUCUACGGAUUUCUGUCUCUGAUCACAAUCUUUUUUUUUAAUGUUUUAUGGGGUUUAGUCAGAGUAGACUGGAUGGGAAAUCGAUAUUUACAGGUUCAGGCAGUGUGUGGACACUCUUUAAACCUGCCUUACUGAUUUUUUUCUCUAUUUUUUUUGCACCUUGAGAUAUAAAUCAGACAAUUGUAUCUGUUGUUUUUAUAACUGCUAAAUGUACAUUGAUAUAUCCAAAAAACUUGAAGGCAAAUGUACAGUUGCUUUUGAAACAAUGAAGAGUGAAAGUCAAGACUUUUGAAUGGAGUGAUGUGGAACUGAACACUCCUAUUAAUGGCACACCGUCUUGGGAUUUUGUUUAUGGCCUUUAGUGGAAAAAAAGAAAAAAACGCAACUCUAUGCUGCCCUUCAAAGGCAAAGUGCAGUUAUUACGGCAAGAUAUUCAAACAGAAAAAGGCCUUCAAAACCAUGGUAUUAGAUUGGAUAUUGCAGUAACU